AUGAUAACGAAGGCACCAAUACAUGAAGAUUUUCCCGUCGAUACUAACUCUUCUGUUGCCGAGGUUGCAAGGCAACAGAGCAGUGAUUCCCCCCGAAGUUGCAAGGCAAUAGAGCAGUGGUUGCUCUUGAAGUUGCAAGGCAAUAGAGCAGUGGCUCCCAACAGGGUGGCCUUGCUAUCACACGCCCUCAACACCCCAGCUAUCACACGCCCUCAACACUCCAGCUAUCACACGCCCUCAACACCCCAGCUAUCACACGCCCCUCAACACUCCAGCUAUCACACGCCCUCAACACUACAGCUAUCACACGCCCUCAACACCCCAGCUAUCACACGCCCCUCAACACCCCAGCUAUCACACGCCCUCAACACCCCAGCUAUCACACGCCCCUCAACACCCCAGCUAUCACACGCCCCUCAACACCCCAGCUAUCACACCCCCUCAACACCCCAGCUAUCACACGCCCCUCAACACCCCAGCUAUCACACGCCCUCAACACUCCAGCUAUCACACGCCCUCAACACCCCAGCUAUCACACGCCCCUCAACACCCCAGCUAUCACACGCCCUCAACACCCCAGCUAUCACACGCCCUCAACACCCCAGCUAUCACACGCCCCUCAACACUCCAGCUAUCACACGCCCUCAACACUACAGCUAUCACACGCCCUCAACACCCCAGCUAUCACACGCCCUCAACACUCCAGCUAUCACACGCCCUCAACACUCCAGCUAUCUCACGCCCUCAACACUACAGCUAUCACACGCCCCUCAACACCCCAGCUAUCACACGCCCUCAACACUACAGCUAUCACACGCCCUCAACACUCCAGCUAUCACACGCCCUCAACACCCCAGCUAUCACACGCCCUCAACACCCCAGCUAUCACACGCCCCUCAACACCCCAGCUAUCACACGCCCUCAACACCCCAGCUAUCACACGCCCUCAACACUACAGCUAUCACACGCCCCUCAACACCCCAGCUAUCACACGCCCCUCAACACUACAGCUAUCACACGCCCUCAACACCCCAGCUAUCACACGCCCUCAACACCCCAGCUAUCACACGCCCCUCAACACUACAGCUAUCACACGCCCUCAACACCCCAGCUAUCACACGCCCUCAACACCCCAGCUAUCACACGCCCUCAACACCCCAGCUAUCACACGCCCCUCAACACUCCAGCUAUCACACGCCCUCAACACUCCAGCUAUCACACGCCCCUCAACACCCCAGCUAUCACACGCCCUCAACACUCCAGCUAUCACACGCCCUCAACACUCCAGCUAUCACACGCCCCUCAACACCCCAGCUAUCACACGCCCUCAACACCCCAACUAUCACACGCCCUCAACACCCCAGCUAUCACACGCCCCUCAACACCCCAGCUAUCACACGCCCUCAACACCCCAGCUAUCACACGCCCUCAACACCCCAGCUAUCACACGCCCUCAACACCCCAGCUAUCACACACCCUCAACACCCCAGCUAUCGCACGCCCUCAACACCCCAGCUAUCACACGCCCUCAACACCCCAGCUAUCACACGCCCCUCAACACUCCAGCUAUCGCACGCCCUCAACACCCCAGCUAUCACACGCCCCUCAACACUCCAGCUAUCACACGCCCUCAACACCCCAGCUAUCACACGCCCUCAACACCCCAGCUAUCACACGCCCUCAACACCCCAGCUAUCACACGCCCCUCAACACCCCAGCUAUCACACGCCCCUCAACACUCCAGCUAUCACACGCCCCUCAACACUCCAGCUAUCACACGUCCUCAACACUCCAGCUAUCACACGCCUCAACAUAACACAACAGCUAUAUUGUGUUGUGGGCGUGCGAUAG